CGUGCUCAUCAUGGGUUUAUUUCCGUGUUCCCGAGGAUCCUACAGGACUGAAUGAAUUCCAAACUAGCAAUUGCCCCUACUCGGUGCACAGUCGUUUGAGCGCAUUUCGGACUUGGGGUGGGGGGGUAAAUCUGGGGGAAGGGGAUCCGGUGCACUUUCUCGCAAACAUCCCUUGCCGAAGCUUAUAAUAUGCUCACAAGGGUGAAAUCUGCUGUUGCCAAUUUCAUGGGAGGCAUCAUGGCUGGUAGCUCCAGUAAUGAUCAUCUUGGGGGCUCGGACCUGCCUCUGAAAUUCCCCUACAUGAGACCCGAGUUUCUGGGACUGUCGCUGGACGAGAUCGAGUGCUCCGCGGACCACAUCGCCAGACCAAUCCUCAUUUUGAAAGAGACCCGGAGAUUACCGUGGUCCACGGGCUACGCAGAGGUCAUCAAUGCAGGGAAGAGCACGCUGAAUGAAGACCAGGCCUGCUGUGAAGUUGUCGUUGUUAAAAAGAAGCCGGGGGUCCUGUCUAGUCCAAAUAAAACCUCCACGUUAAAGAGAAGGUCAUCGCUGCCAAACGGCGAGGGCUUGCAGCUGAAGGAGAACACAGACUCAGAAGGCUUGACGUUCCACUACUGGGCGCUGUUUGACGGCCACGCGGGCUCGGGGGCGGCCGUGGUGGCCUCCAGGCUGCUGCAGCGGCACAUCGUGGAGCAGCUGCAGGACGUCCUGGACGUGCUGAGGAACAGCGCCGUGGCGCCCCCCACCUGCCUCGGGGAGGAUCCGGACCACGCCCCCGGGGGGCGGGCCCUGACCCGCGCCGCCUCUCUGCGGGGGGCGGCCGGCGCCCCCGGCUCUCCCAGCGCCCCCCCGACCCGGUUCUUCACAGAGAAGAAGAUCCGGCACGAGAGCCUUGUCACGGGGGCCAUCGAGAAUGCCUUCAAGACAAUGGACUCUCAGAUUGAAAGUGAGAGAAGCGUAUACAACAUCUCUGGGGGCUGUACUGCACUGGUUGUGGUCUUCCUUUUGGGAAAGCUCUACAUUGGGAAUGCAGGCGACAGCAGGGCUAUUAUCAUCCGGAAUGGGGAAAUUAUCCCAAUGUCUUCAGAAUUUACCCCAGAAUCUGAACGGCAGAGACUUCAAUUUUUGGCCUACAUGCAGCCUCACUUAUUAGGGAACGAAUUUACCCACUUGGAGUUCCCCAGGAGGGUGCAGCGAAAGGAGGUGGGCAAGCAGAUGUUGUACAGGGACUUCAGCAUGACAGGCUGGGCAUAUAAAACCAUAGAGGAAGAUGACCUGAAGUUUCCAUUAAUAUACGGAGAAGGGAAAAAGGCUCGUGUCAUGGCCACCAUCGGAGUCACGAGAGGCCUCGGAGACCAUGACCUCAAGGUGCACGACUCCAAUAUCUACAUCAAGCCAUUCCUCUCCUGCUGUCCCGAGGUGAAAGUUUACAACCUCACAGAGUACGAGCACGGAGCGGACGAUGUCCUGGUGCUGGCUACAGACGGGUUGUGGGAUGUGCUGUCCAAUGAGGACGUGGCUGAGGCCGUCACCAACUUCCUGGCAAACUGCGAUCCCGACGAUCAGCACAGGUACACGCUGGCAGCUCAGGACCUGGUGAUGAGAGCUCGAGGAGUGCUGAAGGACAGGGGCUGGAGGAUCUCCAAUGACAGGCUGGGGUCGGGAGAUGACAUCUCAGUCUACAUCAUUCCUCUGAUGCACGGGAACAGGCAGCAGUAGGAGCCAACAGGAUUGGCUGUAGCCUCAGUCAGGUACACAGGUGUUUGGGGUGAUGGGUGGGGGGGCAAUUUCAGCCCAUCCUCAGCCUCCCUAUGAGCUUCAUUCAAUGCUGUAAAGUUCUAAUAAUGCAAAAUCAAGUAAACCCCCUUUGGCAGGGUGCAGUAAGCGCAAAAUUGUACAAGCUUCUCUCAUGAGGGAGACCUCAGGAUUCCUAAGUUUCCUUUCACGAACACUGGAUUGCACCAGUCCGGCGUUUCAUCCACUUGGAAGGGCGCGGUCCAGAUUUUUCCGUUAUUUUUUCCCAGUGACAAAAGAAGAGAGGAAUUUGGGUAAUUUGUUUUUGUUCCAAAGCUUUGAACCAUUCCAUCCAGUUUGACGUCCAGUCCAGCUUUGUGUUUCGGAUUUGAUUUGAUUUUUUCUGUCUGGCCUCACAAGGGAUGUGAAGGCUCUUAAUGUACCAAAUCCCCCAGGUUUUUAGUUGCAAUUUUCUUUAUGGCAGGAAAUAGCUAAACCAAUGUGAGGCAGGUGCAAUGUUCUGUUACUGUGUUGUUUUUAGUUUUUUGCCUUCUGAGCAAAUAACCUUCUUGUCUUCUGAGGUGUUUUUGUUUGUGUUUAAAUCGGUUACCAAGAAAAUGUUAGUCUUUCUUGAAAUGAUUGAACUUUCCUUUGUGAAUUUCUGUACAAUGUAUAAAUAGAAAUCACUGAUGUGUAUUAUUCAAGUCCCCUUUAAACAUGUUAAAAAAGUAUUUUCUUACGUAUUAUGGAUAGUUAACUUCACAUUUAUUCAUACUCUUGCCAAAUUUUGACCAAUCAUUGAUUUAGCAAUGAAAAUGCAGGCGGACAAUUAAUAUUUGUUUUUUAACCAGGCCAUUAAAAUGUAUCCAUUUAAAAUUAUAAAUUUUUGGAUGUGUGGAGAUCGGGGACAAUGCUGUGACAUGUCCCAUGAUGACAAUAUAGUAAAUGCCAGAAAUGUUUUUUUUUAACAUUUUCAUUUGAAAUCAACUGAUGUACACCUGGUUUUCUGUGCUAAAUACAUUUAGCUUUAUCAAGGGUAUGAAUAAAUUCAGAGGCAAGUGUAUCUAACCUGUUGUGUUCUGUCACUGUGCUGUUCUGAUUCUGAAUGAGAAUAGCCAUGUGUUUCUUGUAAAUAUUCUCCAAAGCAAAUGUAAGUAGAAGAUUUCUGUAUGAAGAUGUGGGCCUGUGCGCCUGUGUAUUCUGUUGGCUCAACAGGGAGAAGUUCCUUCUAAGGUAGGGAGCAAUUGUGCGCCUUCGGAGAAUGAACUUUCACGUGUGUUUUUCAUUUUAUUUAUGCAAGAGUCUUACUACAGGUUUAUUUAUGGAUUAUUUUAAUGUAUUAAUUAUUUUUAAGAGCUUUUCAAGCUAAAGGUUCGUCAUCUGCAUUAGUAGUGUCAGGCUCGUCACCUGGAGAUUGACAGUCCCCUGGGUUUGAAGCCAGUAACCCCUUAAUCUUUUUUUUUUAAUUGAUCUCAUGGUCAGAUCAGCUGGAUAUAUUCUGUAUUUUGUCAGAGCUGAUAAGCACUUUCUUCCAGGUACAGUUGCUGUGAACUUUUUUCAGGUUUGGGUAGACAUGAUUCCAGUGAAUCUGAUAAUUAGGCCAAUGAAGUCCAUAAGGGCUUUGGGUUGCAUUCAGUGAUUGGAGCAUCAACAGACUAAUAUGUAACAUCAGCUAACAGACCAAGGACAGAGAAAAUCACGAUAUCAAUGGAGAAGUAGAGAAUUGCGAACAAGAGCACUUUUUUACACAAGUUGGUGUUGGAAUCUGAAAUAAACUACCCUGCCAUACAAUGGCUUCUGCUUUCAGUCAAGAGUGAAACGAGAUCCUUACAACAAUUAGUUAAUUUGCGCCAAAGGAACUAGAUGAGACUUCUUCACAUUUCUAUUCUGUUAUUUGCAGCCUGUUCUUUCAAUAUUUCACAGUAUGCUUCAAUCAUUUAGAGAUUGGUUUUUCUAUAUCUUUAGAUGUUUCAAAAUAUGUGUAAAUGAUUUCAAGACGGCUUUAAAAUAUUCAAUAUUCAAUAUUUUGAAAUAUCGCAAGAUUUCAACUACUUCAAAAGGCCAGAUAUUCCAAUAGAAGCAUUUCCAAAUUUUCUUUUCAUAUUUGCGAUCUUCUGACCGAUUCCCUUUCACUCAUUAUUUAAAACCGGUAUGAGAUAAACAUGUGUUCUUAAAUUUGACCAAAAUAAUUUCUGGCUUGCAGGUACUUUUGCGCCUGAGCUCAAAAUUGUCCGUUUUUAUGAUAUGCGUUUGUUUAUUUAUUUAACACCCUCUUGAUAAUGGCUCGCCUCGGACUAGGCAAGUUGAGCAAGAUUUUUCCGCCCAUAGGACCUAUCGCCAGUGACCAGGAAGUAAUUUCUCAAAAUGAAUAGGAAGCCAUUUUAAAAGAUGACAUCGGCACGAAGGACAGAUAGCUUAAAAUGAAAAUGGAAAAACAAACAAGCGAUUUAAGAUGUCCCAAAACAUAUUUAGUGAUUUUGCAUAAUAAAGAGGACCCAGUUUGAAAAUAUCUGCCAAUGAUAUCUUUAAAUUAUCUUGAAAUGCACAUUAUCGCUGUAAUGACACGCUACUGCAUUGGGACUUGUAACGAGAUCCUGAAAUGUAAGAAUACCCAGGUACUGGAUAAGAGGCAGCUGAGCAGUUAAUCUGCAAGUACCCUGCAGGGAAUCAACCAGAGUUGUGCGUUACUGGAGCCAGACUGAGCGGAGAUGGAGGUGAGAGGCAGGCAGCUAGCUGACAGGCGAGCUGAAGCAAUCAAGCAUGCUUGUACAACUGGGGCUGUGGCUAGCUGAGACUCAGGUGUGUAGCUGAGCUGAGCUGCGCGUACGGACAGAAAACUCAGUUCAAGUCCGUGGUCGAACAGGCGAGGAUCACAGCCGAGAAACGAAAGGAAAGACCGUAACACGGGAAAAUCCGCGAGACGAUGUCGAGACAGCAAGUAAGAGUCGGAAUACAAAACAAAACACGUCUAGAGAGAAACAAGGAAUCAUGACUUGAGGGCAUUCAGAGGCAGAACUUUGGAACAGGACACAAAGGGCUCAGAGUUGAAACUCAACGACAGAGCCCCAGGCUCUGUCAGGUCCGUCCUGACAGUAUUUACCAUCAAGAACACUGGGGACAGCCCUAGUCAUAAACCGACUCCAGUUGCUCCAAGUCUCCAGGUGAUGAGUAUCCAAGGCAACCAGCGCAGGGAGACACAAGGCUAGCUUGGCCCACUGCUUGGGAUGAUCUCCAGGCGAUCAUUUGGCCGGCGAGGGGAGGAGCUGUCUUACUGAGAGAAAUGUCCUGGCCAGUCGGCUUGUUCAUAAAAAAUACAGAUAUUAUUCCCCUUCUUAAACUGUUACGUAAUGUAAACAUGAAAUUAAAUGAUAAACUAAACACUGCUGCAAAUACAUUCUGAUAUACUAUACGUCUUAAUUUCUGGACUGACUUUAAAAAACCACUCGCAAUAUACAGUCUGUUUCUGAGCCACUGUAGUAACACUAUUCAGUAACUGCUAGCAUCAGCUAAGAGGAACAACAGCAAGGCUGUAUUGUUGAACACAUAAUGGAUCUUCAGAUCUGUACCCUUGUCUUGAUGUCACCCACAUACUUGAAAUACUUCAGAACUACUUUAUACUGCAUCUGGACUGCUUAUCUGUUGAAUUGUGUUUCAUCACAAACACUUUUGCUUCUCUUUUAUCCCCAAACAAUAGUGAAUAGUACGUCAAUUUUUAGAUAACAGUGAAACACUCUUUUCCCAGACUGUGAUUACUCUUAAAACAGAAACUUUAUAAGUGGUCAGACCCUUUAUUUUUUAUUAUUAUUAUUAUUAUUUUCAUUUUAUGCACGUUUUAGUAAGACAAAGUGAGGCACUCAUUUUCUCAUCCUGCAUUGUGAACGCAGGAGGAAUUUAUUUUAGUAUCUGCUCCUGCUGUGCAAAGCCACUCUUUUGUGGCGUUUGAAUGAAACAAGAAGGCAGAUUUAGUUUGGAUCUCCGAUGACAAUGGAAUUAAACCCUAGUAAACAGAGAGACAUGUUGUGUCAGGGAGAAUAUUUGGAGAUAGUUUUCCCACAGUAGAACCACAUGGAGGGGUCAAGUGUAUAACGUUAAGGUCAUAUUCCUCUAUGCCCUCCCUAAAGCAAUUCUGUUUAAUCACAUCCGUUCAAACAUAUAUUUUUGUAUUCUUUGCAGAAUUGAAUUCUCCCUCAAGCUACAUAUCGUGCAACAGUACUAUCAGGUGAUGGGAUUAGGGUCCACUACGUCAGCAGCAGCACAGACAUAAUGUCUAUGCGUGAUACAGAAGUCAUGCUGAGGAACACAGAGUUAGUGUUGCUGCAGUGAUGCUGCCCUUUAUGUACAGUACCUCUUAGGAGUCGUGACGUUUUCAUAUUUCUAAAUCAUUCAAAGCUAUAUCAGAAUGCACAGUUAAAACAAAUCUAAAUUAAAAUCAAUUGAGGAAACGGGUGUAAGUAAAUGCACUUUUUUUAUCGGUGUGGAAAAGAUUAAUACAUUUGUUCAUUGCUAAUACACAUCUUCACAAGAUUCUAAUUUCAAGUAUAUCCUGCUGUUUUACAACUGUUAAAUUCCUUCUACCUCAGUUAUUGUUCUUUGGAAAUAGUCGGUACGUUACAAAAUACACUGUACAUUAGGAAAGUGCACAGAAGAAUGUUUUUCAGAGUUGAGAAACUUAUGACAGUAGGGGUGAAUUAAGUGGAGACUUUAAUUAGAAUUUAAUUCGUUUACGCAACUCGAGGAAUGAGGUUCUCCAGUAAUUUUUCCAAGCACAUUGCUCAUCGCACAGUGAUAUGACAAGAUUUCUCUUUAUAAAACCCUUCGAAAAUAAAUAUUUGUCGGGAGAAGGCUAAUUUUAAACUGUGUGGCAUCUUGAAAUCUUACACGAAGUAGUUACUGUUAAUUAGAGAAGCAGAGGGAGCCCCUAUCACAUUCUGACUAGAUGGAAAGAAACCCAGAAAUACUCACCCCCUACAUUCAUGCUCUGUUUAUUUCUACACUUAGCUGACUGAGCUCACGUCUAACUUAGAUAAACUACAUUUCCGAGCAACUUGUUGCAUUCUACAGCUUGAAUGUUUUUUUCCCCAUAAUACUGAGGUCUUAGCUUGAAAAUAAUGUCAUUACCCAAUGAGAUUUUGAUUUAGUUUGCCAGAGCAAGAUCCUUAAUAAUUAACAUUUAUUACAAUUUAUGUAGCUUCUUUCACGUGAUGCACUCCAAGUCAACUUCACCAAAUAUUAGAAAUGCUGUAGGUGUGUAAAUAAGAUGGAGCUAAAUGCUUGAAAUCACUUUAUGGAGAUACUGCUUCAUUUCAUUGGUUUUCCUUUCUGAUGUAACAUGACAGGAUUUGCAAAGAAAUCUUUCCUUGCUGUGGGGAAACAUAGUAGCCUUUGUUAUUGAUGUUGCUCAAGAAUAUUCUUUUACACUACGAGACCCUCUACACUGAUAGUGUGCCAUACAGGUGUGACUAAAUCAUCAUACCCAGCUGCAAUAUUCAGAUACCUCAAAACUGCUGAAAAAUAUGUCAGCUGUAGUCACAUAGGGAAUUUCAUUCUAAAACAGGAGGUGCGCUACUGCAUUUUCUUCAUGAAAAGGCAGACAGUUGGGUGCAAGACGAAAUAGCAUUGUCAGAAAACUUAGUUAAACCAAUGUUUAGAUGUCAAAAGUGUACAGCACUAUGUAUAUGUUCAGUCUUUUGGAAGGAAAAUUAGAGAUUAUGAAGCUGCACUUUUUAAAUGAUUGUAACCAAACGAGUACAAAUAUGCUUCAAUUAUUGAUUUGUAAAGGUUUCUCACUACUAUGCCUAAAUGCUCAGUGAAAAUAUGAAACACAAGACUCAGGCAAACAGACAUGUGCAGGGAACUGACUCUAACUUGUUACAACCCCCACCCCUGAUAACACUAGCUGACUAUUAAGAUGAGAGAAAAGUGCAUCUUCUCCCAUAGAAAGAUGACAAAAAAUUGCACAAAAUAACUGCUUUGUUAAAAAAAAAAGAUGCACUUUAUAUUUUAGUGUGAACUUUUUAUAGUAAGUGAAGGACAUCUUAUUUCAACUCUUACGUUCUAUGAAUAAUAUGUUGAGAACAAAAUAAAAUACCUUACCAAAUAAAAUGUGCUUAGUUCCCUUUGAACACAAGACUGACAGAGGUACUACUUUUUUUUCCCAUUUUGGAUUGUGCAGUAGAUUGUUUUUUUUGGCGUAGGCGGUGACGGAGUGCUUACACACCGUCAGGAACAGACAGGACUGUGUAAGUUUCAGCAGGGAGUCUCCACGAUUAAAGUUCCUCUCUCACUGUAACUUCACAGGUGUAAAAGGUGGCCAUUUUUGACUGCCCUCUCCUGGAGAAUCAGACACUCUUUUGUCUCUAUCAUUGCCUGAAAAUAGUGUACCACAGAGAAUCUGGGAAUGUACUUGCACAGACCCCCAGGCCAGUCACUUGGGAAAGAUAUCAGCAUGGGACUGCAUGUGUCAUAAUUUACCCUUAAAUGUAUACAAACAGUUAUGAAGUUAAAACGACAGGUAUUAUGUAUCUUUUUUAUUUUGAUGGCCAUGGAGUCUUAUUUUGCCACUUUGUGGAGUGUUAUGUGUAAAAAAAAAGCACAAACCCUGCUAGAAUAACACUGUAUUCUACAAAAUAUUAGAGCAUGGUAGGUUCCACAGGAGUAUUCUGGAUGUGUCAGACAUAAUGGCCUAGCACUUGAUAUGCCCUAAGAUUCCUGAGGACUACAAAGUAGUAGCAAACCAGGCCUUUUGUUUGGUGCUAUUGCUGUCCUAUGAUAAAGAAGGUUGAUGUAAGUCAUUUCACUAGAGGCAGAGCUGUUGGUGCACAUGUCUCUGGUGGAUCAUGCAAUCUAAUAGAAGAGCAGACUGAUGUGCCAAUACAGACAACCUCAAGAGUUUACAGGCAGUUAAUGGCAUUGUAUGGCUGGCAGUAUAUUUUAAGGUUCCGUUGCAACUCCCUCCCAUAAUAUAAAAUUUAAAAAGAAGGUUUAAUAAGACAUUUGUCCCAAGGUUAGUAGGCUAGAGGUUCCCAGCCAUUUAGCAAUGUUUAAAACCCAAUGUUCACCGUUUUCAAAACAAUGAUCAAAACAGCUCAAGAAAAAUGGUACAUGCCUAGCCAAUGUGAAGUAUUGAAGUAGCUGACCCAACACAUAUACUGUACCAAUCGAAUCUGAUCACUUCUUCUCCUCUACACAUCCUUCAAUCUAAAAGUCUGCUUUUUGGGCUAGCAAAGAGAUCUGUCACACUUCACUGUUCGCUUCAACCAAACUAGCUAAGCUUUCAGUGGAUAGCCAUAGAGAUGAUUCUGCUUAAACAAUAUUGUGUAAAGUAUUCUACUUUCUAAAUUCAAAGCAAAUGUCUUUUGGACAGCAGUGUGCAGUAUAUAAAUCAACCCUUUGCUUUUGGGCUGUUCAUUUGUCAUUUUUGCAUGGGACCAUACUACAGUAUAUGAAAGUAUGACUGGAGUGCACUGAAACCUGAAACAAUUGUCCAGGUUUCAUGUCCCAUUCUACAGCCAUUGCAGUUCCACUAAGGACUAUGCAAUCAGUGAGUUCUGUAGUCUUUAUCUGCCCCUUUGCUUUAUUUAAUACUCACACUGAUCUGAAACUUUGACAUUCUAAGCAAUGAUACAAAGUAACAUUAGAUUUUCUAUUAUUAUUUGAGCCCAGUAAAGGCAGUGGAAUUAUUGUCAGUGAGGACACAGGACAGGAUGAAAUAGUGAUAACAGAGAUCUGUCAUGCAAGCGGUCUUUCAUACCAAAUCAGUCCAGGUUCUGCUUUUCUACAUCAGAAUCAAACAGAAGAGUUGCUACAGUACUAUCAUUUUCCACGACUGCAAGAAUUCUGCACAUUAAAAAAAAAUGAAAUUCAUGGACUGUGGCAGACAAUCAGAUUGAUUUUACCAAUGCAGAAGUAGGGUGUGUGGCAGCUGGUCACAGAGUUACACAGAAAUUAAAUUUCACAAUGGACUAGCACAUUUUAUAUAUAUUUUAUUCUUAAUCAUAGACUGGUGUGUUUCCCAUGUAUGUUAGUCUGGGAUAAUGACCAUUGUUCUAGAUAGUCCUUUGAAAAAGACCUUUUCUGCUUGAUCAGAUCUUAUAAAUAAGGGGUUAUCAUCAAAAGAAAGAAAAAGAACAAAUAAAUGGAAUGUGAUUUUCUGAACAAAAACAGAAGUAUCCAGAAAGGUGAUAUCAAUAUUAAUAGGUAUAAUACGAAGCACUUGAAAGUGAGCCAGCAUUAAUCUUUUCAGACAAAAAGAAAUAUACAUAGAGAUCUCAGAGUGGCUUUUAGAGAGGUCUUCUCUCAUCUCUUUGGAGUCUAUGGAGUUUGAAAAAAAUAUCUAAUCAAUGGCAAUGAGGAGAUUGGACCACAUGAUUGUGUAAACGUAAUCAUAGCUCCACGAUUGUGAACGAUAAGACUGAGGCAGUAUACUGUUGGAAAAACUUGGAUUAUAUAUUAUUUUACACUGUGACAUCACUGAAAGUCAUAACUCACUCGUCAGAAUAAAACACUUCACACGUUUGAAAACCUGUUUUCAAACUUAAGAUGUAUUCAUUUGUUUAGUUUUGUCCGUUUUCCAGAAAAUGCAUUUGUGUGUGUCUCAGUUAGCCUGAGGCUGUCAGGCAUUCAGCAUUGAAGUACUUCUGUGAAACAAAACUCUGUCCACCCCUGACCCCCACCUCCGAUUAUCCUUUUCACACUGUGUUAAAAUAACCAAUGUAGUAUCCAGCUCUGAGAAGUAAAAGAUAUUUUGACAUUAGCUGUAUUAUAUGUAAGAAUUCAAGAACUGUAAACAAAAAAAAAAUGUAAAGUUGUUUGAAUGUAAGAGACAUUUUGGACCAAUGUUAAUUGUAUCCUUUGUGAAUGUGAAAUGUACAUUUUUGUAACCAGAGGAAACUAUGAAGUCAAAGGUUAUUUUUAGUGUUUUGAAUAUUUUAAGUGCAAUAAGGAUAAAAGGUAGAAAGAACUUGAAACAAUGUGGACCUACAAUGUUCUUUUUUUUUUCCUCAGAAACAUAAAGACUUUCUUCCUUU